UCGGUUUCUGCACCAGCAGACUCCUCCGGUCCACCACAGCCACAGGGUGCAGGGGCUGCUGCUCGGUGCAACAGCUCGGAGGGAUCCACUUCUUCUUCUUCUUCUUCUUAACACCGCCGUCUCCGAAUAUCUGUGCUUCUCAGUCGCGUGGAAAAGUUGGGAGGACUAUUCGUUCGUUAAAUACUGCAAUCCUCAACUACAGGGUCGCUCGCCUCACGGAUCCAGGUGAUUUGGACUGCUGUGAAUCCAUCACUCUAUGGGAAAGAAGAAGAAGAAAAUACAACAGCUGCGCGUGGCUUGAGAUCUCUUUGGGGGGGAAAGAACUAAUUGUUGAGGAGUUUCUUUUUUGCUCUGAUCCUUGAUGAUAAUAUCGCAGUCUGGGAAGAAGAGACGGCUUUAUUUUCUUGUCACAUGCCAAUAUUGGACGUGACCGCGACGCGACCGUGUAUCCUGAGCAAUAAGAGAAAUGGUGGUGUCGCACGGAAUACAACAGUUUUGUUUCAAAUGAGGGACCGCUCAGAGUGGAUAGGUUGCGUGCCAAGUUGUGCGGCUUUCUGCUGAGGGAGUUAUUCCGCGGCUUCCCGCCACCACCCCUCACCUCCCCCUACCCUCACGCCGAAUAAACACACACACACACACAGAGAGAGAGAGAGAGAGACAGAGGGAGAGAGAGAUGGGGCCGCUCCAGCGCGUGGGACUCGCCGUGCUUCUCUUGUACACAGUGGUGGACAGCAAGGUGAUCCUGGAGGGCCUGCAGAGGUAUGGCCCCACGCCAAUCUAUCUGCCUGUCAGCUACCGGAUCCUCAACGCUGAGUCAGCGUUCUUCCUACAGGAGGCGAACCAGGACUUAAUGAGGAACUCCAGCCUGCAGGCUCGCACGGAGUCCUUCUUCAUCCACCAGGCCAGGCAGAUGCCCUUUGUCAAUGCUAGCUACGGGCCACUGUCUGUACAGCAGCCCUGUUCCUCUGGAGCUGCUGCAAACCUUGCCAGGGUCCUUCAAUAUGCCCUCCUUGACUUCAUCAUCAGUGCCAAUAUCAACAUCAUCGCCGCCUCUGUUUACAUUCAACUGGAAGGUCCACACUUAUAUUAUCAGCGAGAGGAUUCACCCUAGUUGGCCAAAGGUUCAAGUGUUGUUCUACAUUGCAGGGAGGGACUGGGAUGAUUACAGCGCCAUCCACAAGCUGCCCUGCGUCAGGAUGUUCGCCUUCCAUGAGACUCAAGAGGUGCGUGGCACAUGCAGGACUAAAAGGUGAGUUGGGGAUUUGUGUUGCCGAGCUGGAACCACUGGCCAGCUGGUUUAGCCCUCCCACUGUCAGGCCAGGGAGGCAGAGGGUUUCUGAGCAGGCCCAGGGAACCCCUGUGGAGCUCUACUACAUGGUUCAAAACACUGACAAUGGAGACUGCAACUCAGAGGACUCAAGAAAGGGCAGUUCUGUUCACACAGACCAGCCGAGGCCAAUGGGUUAUUUUGCAGGGCAUACACCUAUGCAGCGCAUUGGGAGUGUCAGGCUGUUUCAGCCCCUAUCGGAGCUCAAGCUGGACAAUAACUUCGUGGUGAUGUCGCCUUCCAAACCCAUCCGGCAGAGGGAAACGGUCUCGACUUUUCUGGCUCUGUCCACGCUCUCGUCAGUGCAAAUUUUCA